CGCGGUGUCUCGCGUUAGCGGCGGAGUGCAGGCAGAACUGUGGCUCCGCGGUUGUGAUCCGAAGAUGAUGUUUCUGUGGAGACCCGAGCACCUCUCUCUGCACGCCGCUGAAGGAGAAGCACUCUUCUGCUGAGAGACGGCUAAUGAGAGGCCUCGCUAGGACCGAACAGUAUUUAAUAUCCUACGCAACACUGAACAGGACGCAUCUCGACUGAACAGUGCACAGGUCUUGAGUGCAAACCAGAGUAAGGUGAACAGCAAGAUGAAUUAGUGGUCAAGAACUGCCCAUCACACUUGGCACACCAGACACAAUGCGUGUGCAGUCAGAAACCUUCUGUUAAAAGGACUGAGCUUGGCGGUGACCAUGCGCUGCUUGGCAGCUCGCGUCAACUACAAGACACUGAUAGUGAUCUGCGCGCUCUUCACCCUCAUCACCGUGCUGCUGUGGAACAAGUGCUCCAGCGACACAGCCCUGCGCUUCCCCCGUGACCCCAACCUGCUGGACCUCAGUUUCCGGAGAGACGGGCUGGAGAAGCGCACGGCGGUCUCGGAGAGCGACGGCAAUGCUGACAACCCCCACGCACCCAAGCAGCAGCAGCAGCAGCAGCAGUCGGAGGAGGCAUCGCCGCAGGAGCAGCAGAAGGCUCCCCCAGUGGUGGGAGGACUGAACAGCAACGUGAACAAAGUGCUGGGAAUCAAGUACGAGGAACUAGACUGCCUGAUUAAUGACGAGAACACCAUCAAAGGCCGGAGGGAGGGGAGCGAAGUGUACCUCCCCUUCAGCUGGGUGGAGAAGUAUUUUGAGGUGUAUGGGAAGAUUGCCCAGUACGAUGGCUACGACCGCUUUGAGUUCUCCCACAGCUACUCCAAAGUGUACGCCCAGCGAGAGCCCUACCACCCCGACGGCGUCUUCAUGUCGUUUGAGGGCUACAACGUGGAGGUGCGCGACCGUGUGAAGUGCAUCAGUGGCAUCGAAGGUGUUCCACUUUCCACGCAGUGGGGGCCUCAGGGCUAUUUCUACCCGAUCCAGAUUGCUCAGUAUGGACUGAGCCACUACAGCAAGAACCUCACGGAGCGGCCGCCCCACGUGGAGGUGUAUGACACAGCAGAGGACCGGGACAGCCGUCCCAGCGGGUGGGCAGUUCCCCGGGGCUGCUCCCUCACCUCAGUCUAUGACAAGAGCCGUGCCAGCAUGGUCCGGCAGUUCAGCGCCCCAGAAAAUUCAGAAGGAGUUUCGCUUCCUCUGGGCAACACGAAAGAUUUCAUCAUCUCCUUCGACCUGAAAUUCCUGAGCAACGGCAGCGUGUCGGUGGUGCUGGAGACGACGGAGAGGAGCCAGCCGUUCGUGAUCCACUAUGUGACCAGCGCGCAGCUCAUCGCCUUCCGGGAUCGGGACAUCACCUACGGCGUGGGCGCCAGGACUAGCUGGAGCACGCUCACCCGCGACCUCCUGACCGACCUGCGCAAGGGCGUGGGCCUCUCCAACACCAAGGCCGUGAAGCAGACCAAGAUCCUGCCCAAGCGGGUGGUGCGGAUCGUGCUGCGGGGCAGGGGCUUCAUCGACAACGUCACCAUCUCCACCACGGCCCACAUGGCCGCCUUCUUCGCCGCCAGCGAGUGGCUGCUGCGCAACCAGGACGAGCGCGGGGGCUGGCCCAUCAUGGUGACGCGCAAGCUGGGCGAGGGCUUCCGCUCGCUGGAGCCGGGCUGGUACUCCGCCAUGGCGCAGGGCCAGGCCAUGUCCACUCUGGUGCGGGCCUACCUGCUCACCAAGGACCCCACAUACCUCAACGCCGCCCUGCGUGCCACGGGCCCUUACAAGCUGCCCUCGGAGCAGCACGGCGUCAAGGCCGUGUUCAUGAGCAAGCAUGACUGGUAUGAGGAGUACCCGACCACUCCCAGCUCGUUUGUGCUCAACGGCUUCAUCUACUCCCUGAUAGGGCUGUACGACCUGGCCGAGACCGCGGGGGACAAGCUGGGCCGGGAAGCGGGGGUGCUGUUCAGCCGCGGCAUGGACUCUCUCAAGGCCAUGCUGCCCCUGUACGACACGGGCUCGGGCUCCAUCUAUGACCUCCGCCACUUCAUGCUGGGCUCCGCGCCCAACCUGGCACGCUGGGACUACCACACCACGCACAUCAACCAGCUGCAGCUGCUGGCGUCCAUCGACAGCGCCCCCAUCUUCAGGGACUUUGUCAAGCGCUGGAAGAGCUACCUGAAAGGCGGGAGGGCCAAGCACAACUAGAGCUUUCCACCAAAACCAAGUCCAGAGCAAGACAAUGGGUCCGGUCUUCCGCUGUGGGCAAAACUCCCUGUUUCGCCUGCUCACCUUGGUAGAUAAGGACCUCCUGUGUGUUUUUGUUUGUGUUGAGGUAGGGGGUGGUGUGCGGAUGUGAGUGUGUGAACAUGCGUAUUGGUCAAGGUUGCAGUUAGGUUUAGUUACCUGCCCCAAGAAGCAUGUAGCUCCAUUUGCUCUUGCUAUAAUGUUAUUUUUGAGAUUGCAGUUGAUCUGACUGGCUCGUGAGCACAGGUAACUAAUUAACUGCACACAUGGUAUCAGGGUGCGUGCAAGUGUGUUGAGGGAGGUAGAUUGUCUUUCUCGUCUCCAAAUGUGGAAAUUGUGGAUUUUGUAGAAUAUUGUAAAAAAAAACUUGAGUCGCUUUGCAGAUGAUUCGUCAGCUGUGCACUGAAGCCGACAGAUGUCUGGUCUCGUCUUGCCUGACCAAGUUUCUUUCAGUAUUCUACACUUCUUGUUUGUCUUGUGGAGUUUAUUUUCAGUUCUUUAGAGGGGUUUGUGGUGGGUCCUUAACACUGUAAAUGCCGCUCACUAUUUAUGCUUCUGGAAUACGAGAACAUAGAAAUGUUUCAUACCAGUGCUUUAAAAAUGCACCCAAAGAAAUCUGAAGCUGAGGAGUAAACCUGUGGUGUGAAUUCCCUUUGAGAUGGCAACAUACAGUUCAUUUCACAAUACUUUGAUCUUCUGCCUGUGCUUUACUGUAUGCUUAAAAAUACUGUUGUAUUAAUCUUGCCUUACAGAUAUUUUUACCAUUAUUUACAGCUUUCCUGAUGCAGUUCUAGGCUACGAUCAGGGGAAGUUGUAUUGGAAUUUUGUUGGUGAUCUUUUACCUCUUAACUUCAUACACAGUUUUUGCAGCACAAUUAACAUGUAAUUUUCUCUCAGAGUAAUUGGAUCCCUCAUUCCAGGUGGUGUCACAAGUUAAUGUAUUGUUCAUGCAUACAGUAAGCUCGCAAACAGCAUCUGAGACCAACAUAUUUUUUUGCAGCUGCACGUUGGAUGCACACUUGAAGACAAAGCUCAUUUGAUUUUUGCAUUGCCUAUGCAAAACCUGCCUUAUGCACUUCCAUUCCUGUGCUGUCCUCGGGCCAGGUGCUGCUUGUGAUGAGUGUGUGAGAAAGAGGCAGUUCUAGGGUGUUCUUGGCUUGAUCCAGCUCUAAUCCUUCACUCUCCAUUGUGUUUGGGAUAGUGUCACUCCAGCCCCAGGCUCCCUGGUUUCAUUUUGAAGCUGAGCUCUGAAUUGGACUAUCUGGUUUUAAAUCAUUAUCCUGCCAGACCCCUUCAGAGUUAGUACACCAGUGCUCAAGCCCUUCUUUUCCUAUAGCAUCUGUUCCUGAGUCCAAUGCUGUUUUAGGAAUAAUUAGGAAUGCGACACAUUGAAAAUGCCAUAUGGACAUUUUUAAUUGUUUAGGUGAGUUACGGUACAGUAUUUUGGGUUGUGCAGUGAUAACUGGUACAGUUUCACGCUUGAUUGCUUGUUGGUGGUUCUAGAGGUGACGCACGCUACUUUGUUGCUGUGCUGCAGAUCUGAAUGUUUAUUCAUUUAUUCAUUACAGACGUGGUCUUGAGGGCUUUCCUUCGGUGGGGUCAGGGUGUUGCUUAGCUUACCCUGACUGAAAUGGAUUGAUUCUGUUGUUGACUGUGAUUCUGUAUGGCACCACUGGAUUAGUUUGGCGACUUCAGAUGGGGAGGGUCUGCAGAAGCCUAUGUCUAGCCCUUUAGGCCAUCCUACAGCAUGUUUCCAUUCUACAAAAGGCUUUUUCAGUAUAAAGAGAAAAAAAUUGUCAAAUGACAAAUUUCAGAUAGCUGAGCUGGUUUUUCUUGUAUAGAAUCGCAAAUUAUUUUUUAUAAUACUCACCUGAUUUUCAUGUCUCGGCUUUCAAGCAACCUCGCUAUUACACACAAGAGGGUGAGGAAGUAUAGGUCCUCUGGCCUGCCCACGUGUCUUUUAACAGUUCACAAGCAUCGCAGGCUCUUACCAGAGGUUCAGCGCCUAUUGGAAGAGAGAAGACUCUCUCACAGACAUGCUGGGAGGCCACAGGAGGCGCUAUAUCGGGAGCUGAGAGAGCCCUCGCCCACUAUCCCCACUCUACCACAAGUUGGCGCACCAUCGGCCAAUAGUGCGCCACCUCUUGGGGAACCCCAGUCACAGUUGGCUGGUGACAUGACGCAGGCUCAAACCCGUGACCACAGAGCCCAGCCUCCGCUCGAGAGAGCACUUGUACAGGCCGAGCCUCUCGGGCAGCACCUGAAAUACAGUUUUCAGUUUGUACUUUGCCGUUUGAGUGUAAUAGUCAUCAUUAUGCUUGAAUGCUGCAAGAUGUCUUGCUUAAAUGGAUAGUUUCCUGCACAUCUUUCUGACUACACCAAUUGCACAACGUACUCAUUCAGUGUUCUUGUGCUGUUAUUAAAAGAUCUGUAGAUUUACAUCCAGUCAUAUGUCUGUGUGCAGAGCGUAACAGCAGUAAUGUAACUGGUGUAAAUGGCUCUUAUCUGUCAUUUCAGAAUGUUUCCUUCACGCAUUGCAGCACUUCACUACAGCGAAGCCUGAGACACCUGCACUGGCACCCUUUAAAUGGAUGCACACCUCUAUAUGGUGAUUAGAUUUCUUGUCUUGUCAGCAGGGCCGGAGGUUCUAAAGGCAGUAGGUUUUUUCUUUUAGUUUGUUCCUGUGUUUUGUUAGGUGUCAUAUUCUACAGCAUCCAAGCUUGCUGUUUUGCUUUACAUAACAGGGAUUAUCUUACCUUCUCUUUAGAAAUAUCUAGCCAGUAUGUUGCAACAGUAACCUUACUAUAAACUGACACAUUGUAUGCAUGGGUAUGAGAAGUUGGUAGGGAAGUGAUGUUUUUAUAUGAGCACAAAGUAAACAUCAGUCCCUUAUUCAGAGCAGCCACCAGGUCUUAGAUGUGUAAAUUGUGUGAGACACAUGCAAACAGUUUACAACUGCAUCUAUAUACACAGUCUGUUUCCAUCAACUGUUUGUGGGCUAACCUCCUGUUUCAUCCCUGAGCUCUUUAUUGACAGAUACAUGAAAGAGGAGUCAUUUCUUGAGCCACCGCUAAUUCAUUUAUCUAAUAGGCUUGAAAUAUCUUUCAGUCAGGGACAAGUAACAGGAAUUUUACUUUGCUUGUAUAAGCACUUUUGGUUAGAGUCCUGUCAGACCGCAUUGUUGCACACUGGGUAGUGAAUUAGAGGAAGCCUUUGCGUGGAUUUAUUCUUGAAAACCAUGUAGGAAACAAGCAGUGUAUCGGCACAAAUAGGGGAUCUACAGGGUAACUGCUAAGUCACUUCAUAUUUUCCAUGGGUUGCAAUUUGGGAAAAUGUAUUUAAGUUUAAUUUCAUACACAUAUGUACAUUCAGAUUUUGCUUCCCCUUAGACAAGGCCCUAUUUUUUUUCUAGGAAAAUGUCAUUUGGUGGCAUCUCUGAGGGUAAACCGAUACAUGUGACAGCUCUUUAAACUUAUGAUAAUCAAAUAAUCCAGGUGUUUAAUCAGAAAAUAUUAGAAUGAGAUCUUUAGCAUGACCCCUGCCUGUUAACACUAAUACAUUAAAAGCAUUAACUCAGUUUACACUGUCUUGUAUCAAAUUAGGGAGCUGGCACUACUAUAAUGUAUCUCUUCACAACAGCAGUUCAUUAUUUUGUAUUCUGGAUGUUCCCAUAAAAUUGCCUUUUCAUUUGGCAAACACUUUAAAUGAGGGCUAGCAGUUACUGCCUUUCACAUAAACAUGCUUUCAAACAAUAUAAACUUUCUAUGCAUUGCAAAGAUGGAAACUGACCAUUUAAACCUUAAACACUGGGCUUCCUACUUUGUGACCUCAGAAACUGUCUAGUUUGAACACAUACUGAUCGAGUAGUGCAUGAUUCCUCAUAAAUCUUGCCAUUCUUUUUUUGGGGGGCACAUAUAUAAAUUUAGUCAAUUGGAAAAUUGAGUUGAAUAUAAUCUGUAUUCAUGGCAAAUAUUUGGAGUGUCCAGCUUGAUCUUUCCCAGAGAUGGUAGGGGUCACCUCCCUGAAACCACUGCGAGCAUGAACCCAUCAUCACCUCAUUGUAGAGACUACAACAGACAACAGGAAGGACACCAGACAAACAUGGCAGCGUUGUGUGCCACCAAUUGAAAUAGAAGACAAGGGGGUAACGUCAGGGUGUCAAUCUUUAUUUCAGGGGAGUAACUUGAGAGUGAAGGAGGCAAGUGUUUAAAAUGUCAUGAGUCAGGGGAGAAGGAGGUCAUUGUGAAUGUCUGGAAAGUGGCUGGUAGGUCUUCUCUGAAAACAGCCCCUGUUUGAGGCUUAUUUUGACAGCUUCUCAAGUUUAUAAAUAUUAAAACUUCAGCUGGGGAGAGGAUUGCCAGCUACAGCACAUUUCUGCCAUCACGAGUGCCCUCCAAACCAGGCUUUUCCUUGGUUUUGCAGGAAUGCCACCAGCAGUUCCUUGCUCCACAACCUGUACUACCCAGUCUGCCUGGCUGGGCACAACAACUGUGCUUUUGCUUGUAGGCAGGGCUACACACUUCUCUGGUCAAUUGCAUUGUUUUUUUUUGUCCUGACCUCUACAAGUGCAGGUGCUCUGGGGAUCCUUGGGCUCCAGUGUGGGGUGUGUCGACAGUGCGUUCUGAAUCAAGUAGGGAGGGGAUAGGUUUAGUACGUAGUAUGUCCUGCGAGUCUCUCGGGGUUCUGUUACACGAUGGAGAGGAGUGAUCUUUCCAAUUAUGAAUCCCUUAUCUUUGCCACCUGCAGUGGUCAGGGUACAGGCUUGAGCCUCUAUGAGGGCCUUUCUUUGAAGGCUCACUUGACAUUAAGCUUGUCUUUAGUAUGUGUAUUAAAGAAAACUAACUAGAAUCAUUUGUAGGGCUGUGACUGAGCUGAAAUUGAUUAGGUGGCCUGCUGGGAGGCAGCCCUGGAGUAACACUGUGCAUUUUCCUGUAGCAAUGUGUUCCAUCAAUAUGGCCACGUGCACUAAAUCAAUGCAUAUUGUAAAAUUAGACUUGGGAUCAUUUAGAAUGCGCCCCCUUGUUUUUGUAGGGUUUACAUGCUUGUUCAUACCAAAGUCUUCAAAACCUGAGUUGCUUAUAUACAUUUUCAUUGCUCAAUACACACACUGACUUUUAAAGCACUCAGUAUGAACUUUCAGUGAGUUUGGUUGGCUUUCUUAGAAGCCUCACUUUUCACAGACUGAAGGAGUGGUUAUGUUAUAAUUCGAAUAGUAUGAGUUUUAGUUGUCUAUCUGAGUGUACCCACACUGUUCCAAAAAAA